CGGUUAUUCCUCGGGGCUCAGCGAAAGGAAAACAAACAACGUCACGUGUCUGAGUCGCGGGCGAAACGUCAUCUCUAAGCGACAUCUUCAGCGUUCCAAGCAUGGCUGGUACUGAUACAGAAAAGAAGCCGGUUUUGGAGAUGGUCCAAGCGGAUGGCGCCGACGAAGGCUGCGUGACGUUCGUCCUGCAUGAGGAGGACCACACACUGGGCAAUUCGCUCCGAUACAUGAUCACGAAGAAUCCUGAGGUGGAGUUCUGUGGCUACAGCAUUACACACCCAUCCGAGAGCAAGAUCAACUUCCGCAUUCAGACACGAGGAGGUCUCCCAGCAACCGAACCUCUGCGCAAGGGCUUGAACGAGCUCACCGAUGUCUGUAAACAUGUCCUGCACACAUUUGAGGCACAAGUGAAAGACUUCAGAGAACAGCAAGGCGAGGCCAUGGAAUAAUCCAGACCAAAAGGAUUGUCAUGUGAGCUAUACAUGACGCUGGACUGAUAUUUGCAGAAAGCCAGAGAAACCACUCGGAUGUUUGUCAACAAACUAUUUUGUACAGCUAAAACCUUUUUCUUUUCUUUUUUUUUAAAUAAAAAUCUUUUUCUCCAUAAA